ACAUCGGAUCGUGUUCUUGGAAAGGGCUCAAAUAUUGGAUGGAGAACAGUUUCUUGGAACUGAGUUUACAGAUCUAAUUGUUGAGCAUUAUAUCAAUUAAUUAACAGAAGUAGCAUUCGUGUGUACAUACAGGGAAUAUUGUUCCAAGUGAGUGCUCAUGGCUAGCGUGAAUUCUCGUGCUGAGUUGUUUCCGAACAGAGCGUAUUCGCCGACUGGCAGCGACGACUUGACGAUGGACGAAGACCCAGAAAUUCAAAUAAGAAUGCCCCUCAAGCCGAGACAUCAGUCUUCUUACGAGAACAUGAGUGGCCGGGAUUUUACGGACGAUCUCGGCCACCAGUACGAGGACCCCGCCAAACUCAAGGACGAGGUGUUCCAGAAGCAAAGUCGUGGAAGACCUCUCCCUCCCAGCCGAUCAGGGAAGAGGAAGAAGGUGAACGAAGUUUACGAGGCUGUUAACACUAACCAGCGCAAGAGAACAUUCACGGACGAAUCGGACACUUGCGAUGGCUACCACAGAGACACAUGCUCCAAGUGUUUCAAAAUUAUGGCUUUCCUCGGAUUUUUGUUUGCCCUGGGUGCCUCAGCUGUUCUGAUUAUGCUUAUGGUGGGAGUACUCUCUACUCCAAGUUGUCGCGAUUGUAAGAAGGAACUUGUGCCAGACCAAACAUCAGCAGCACAAGCCACCGGAUCGACGGAAGAAUUAUGGAAUGUAAUCAAGAAACUCAAGUCAAAUAUGAGCAAACUGCACGCGGCAGUUAAAAGGAAAGACAAAGUCAUCUCGCAGCUUCAGAAACGAGACCUCGAGCACACUGACAAGAUCGCAGAACUGGAAAAGAAAGCGAAGGAUCUAGUGGUCGUUGUUAACAACAAGAAAUUCAAUGUUAGCGAAUUCGUUGGACCUCGUGGCCCACCAGGAAUUGACGGGCCUGUCGGCCCAAAAGGCGAAGAUGGUGUGGAUGGAAAACCGGGAAGACCAGGCCCAGGGAACAUGACGUUGUGUCGUUAUGCGAGCAAACAGAGCGCACCGUUUACUGCAUUCUCAUCGGGUGGAUUAGAUGUUGUUGUAACGGAAGCUUCCGGGGAAAGAAUCGUCGGCGUCACUUGCUCAACCCUUGGAACGUCAGAAUAUAAUUUAAGGAGUUGGGCUAAUGCUGCCAAGAACAGGCAGUACCAGUGUCGAUGCAGGGGACAAUCCUCUGUGUUUCGAGCGGCUGCUGGGAAGGCCUUAUGUAUCCUACAUUACUGGACCUGUCCGUUGAUUUCUUAACCGCCUCCUCGUCAAGAAAACCUUGGUAUCCGCCCUAGCUUAAUGAGAUCUAAGGACGCGCGCUUCACUUCAAUGAACAUCAAUUUUUUAUAUUUCUGGCUACACUCUUUUACUGUGGUAGGUACGAAUGUUACUAGCCAUGGCUCAUGCUGCGAAUUUUCAAUGUUGAAAAACUGCCAGAGAAAUGCAGUUUAUGACAGUAUUGACUUUGGUUUCAUAUUAAUUUGUACUUUCCUUUGCUGCACAUUUAAUGUAAAUUGUAUUUGAUGUUACACAUAAGGAAUGUUUCUUUUGAUAUAUGCACAAUCACCUUGACUGUCCAUAUCAAAAGAAGUAAUUUUUGUAAGGAAUCCAAAAAUUGCGGGCGAUAUUUGACGCAUUUGGAUUAGAGUUAUAAUUAUUCAGUGAUUACUCAAUUAAAUAGGAGAACUGUAGUGAUUUCAUUUCGAAAUUCCACGUUUCAUAAUCAUCAUUGCAUAGCAAUGACUGCGUAAAUGCGUUUAGCAUGGCCAUUUUGAUUUGAAUCAAAAUUUACGACAUUUCAUAAAAUUACAUCGCGUGAUCGUGAUGGAGUGUAAAUAGACAAUCGUAAUUAAUAAUAAACUCAGCAUACAAUUGGGAUAAUAUUGUACACGCUGGUGAAUUCAUAAAUGUAAGUCAAAAUUAUGUUGUUAAAAUAAACUCAGAUAAAGGUAA